AUCAUUUAUUGUAUUUCAAACGUUUGCGUCAAUUUUUGGUAUUCAAUCACAAACUAUUCAACCAAUGUAUUCUCAAAAACCGCGCACUUAUGUGACCAAAGCAUGUACCAAUUGCCAAAGGUGCACAAGAAAUGCACUGGAAAGGCUUCCUGCAUUAAGUACUACGCAGAAUGACACAUUAUUAACUUAUCGUACGCCUUUUCAAAAUAGUCAUACUGCAUUCGAUUAUUUAACUCCUGAAGCGUAUUUCUUUCCUCAAGAACAUGGAAAUUCCAAUUAUGAUGAUAUGACUAAUUGUCAAAAUAUUAAUUCUAUUAAUAGCACACCAUUAUUAUUUCACGAUUAUAAUGUUGCCACAUCAUUAUCUUUAAUUGAUUAUGUAAGCAAUAGUUCUUUUAGAGUGCCACCCACUUUGCUAAGCAAUCAACUUCUCUUGUCUUUUGCACCUUUUAAUUUGAGUGGUUAG